AUGGCAUCCACCUCUUCCCAAAUCCCCUCUUCCACUUCAACUCCUCCGACUCGGCGUCCUUACCACGGCUCCUGCCACUGUGGCAAGAUCCGUUACAUCGCAUACCUCGCUCUUCCACCCGUGCACAUAGCCGCCAAACCUCCUGGCGGGCCCAGCUCUACAGUCCGCAUUCGCAAGUGCAAUUGCUCAACCUGCCAUAAAAUGUCAUUCUUCCACGUUCGUGUUCCCAAUUCGCCUGAGGAUUUCUUGCUGUUGAGUCCGACUAACCCCUUUGAUGGGGGAUUGCUCGACUAUCAAUGUUUUGAUAAGGUGAUUCACUGGCCUUUCUGCGGCAACUGCGGCGUGAGAUGUUUUGCUUUUGACGGAGCGAGUGAGAUUAGGGAAGUGGAGGUGGAUGGGAAGAAAAUUCAGGCUUGGGCGCCUAAGAAGGAGGGUUGGGUUGAAGGGGCUGGUGCUGGGAGUUAUUUAAGCAUCAAUGCGGCGACGCUUGAACCGGGCCAGGAAGGGUUUGAUUUGAGGGAGUGGACAGAAAAAGGUUGGAUUGCGUACUUGGAGAUAAAGAAUGACACGGAUGACUCGAGGAUGGGCGUCCCUUACGAGGCGGGUAUGUACUGA